CAGCAUAAUAUACGCAGAGACUAAAGGCCUCAAAAUGGAAGAAUGGAGUAAUAUAACACAGAACACGGAGAGAGCGUCAUCGAAAGCAAUUUUAUAAAUAACUUCAUUUUAUGUGUGUUGUGUAAUACUAAAGCUUCGGAGAAACUUAAUCAGCGCUGCUGUUGCUGUAGAGCAAGCUGUGACAAACAGUUAGUGAUGGAGCCAUCAGAGGACACUGGAUCAAACUUGGCUUCCCAGGAGGUCAACCCUGUGUUUCUGCAGCAGCUUCGAGAGCUGGACAUCCCUGAGGAGGCAGCAAAACAGGCACUACUGCACACUCGGAACGUGUCGGCUGAGGAGGCGGCCAUGUACUACUUCAACAAACUGGAGAAUGAGGAGGAGGGGGACGAGGACCUCUUGUUCAAGAUGGUGUUUGUGGUUAACAUGGACCUCGGCAUGGGUGUUGGAAAGAUUGCUGCCCAGGUGGGCCAUGCUGCGGUGGGUUUGUACCAGGCUCUACAGGAGAAGAACAGCUGGCGGGAGAUGGCCUGGAAGUGGGACCAGAGUGGGGCCAAGAAGGUGGUGCUCCAAGGCACCAACGUGGCCCACCUGCUGGAGCUGCAGGCCCUGGCCCUGAGCCUCAACCUGCCCACCUACCUGGUCCAGGAUGCAGGUCUCACCCAGGUGGAGUCCGGCUCCCGCACCGUCCUGGCCAUCAUGGGAGCAGAAGAGAUGGUGAACAACGUCACCGGCAGUCUGAAGCUGCUUUGAGUUGUUUGGAGUCUCUGCAGUGGCACACAACCACCAGGAGGGGGCAGCCUUCCUUAGCAGCAGGAGAACUGCAGUCAAGCAUGAGCUAAAAACCUUUCAGAAUAAUAAUAUUUAAAAAAAAACAACACAGAAAACAUCUCCUCCCCCAGCACCAUUCCUCUUUCUGUCACUUUUCCCCUCAGCCGCUUAAUCGGACAUUCCUGGGAGACCACCUACUAGCAAAACAGUUGAUUCCUCUGGUUCAUUUUUCUCCCUCAAAUGGCAACAGUUUAAUACAAAGCAACUGGUGGGAUGUUCACAUGAAGAUUUUAAUGGUGGUGUUUGUGUACAGCUGAAGUUCCCUGUUAAUAUCAUUUCUGGUGUUAUGGUUGUGUACAUGUUUUUUUAUGGCCAUGUGAUGUGCCAUUUUUAUCAAAAUAAGAAGCUGAUGGUUUUUGUUUGACGUAAAAUGAGUAAAUCUUCCAUUCUGUUUUCCACCUCCCCCUUAAGCUUAACAUUUAAAGAAGCAACAACCUGGCACCAAAGCUUACCCUGCAAACAUUUGGACUUGCUCUAAAAACUGCUGCCACAAAUGGUGUGUUUAGGUUCUUUAAAAAAAAAAAAAAAAGAAAAAAGUGGGGCAUGAUAAAGAAUUUAUGGGUUCCCAAGCCCAUGUUGUUGAUUAUAGUGUCACAAUGUACAUUGAAACUACAAUGUUUGUUCUGCAGUGUUAAAAUGCAUGAGAUACAAAAUGUUACAAUACGAAUUAUAAAGUUGACAGAGAUUUGAAGACUGUGGUAUACUAUUCAUUGCUUUGUUGUGUCAGGUGAUCAUUAAAACACCUCAACAUUA